AGUUCAAAACGAACGAAAUCUGUUGGUUACUUAUUUGAAAGUAAAAGUUUUGACCUAUAAGUGGUUGAGUCUCCAAUACUCAAUGAGUUUUGCAGAUGCACCUCCGGCCGUUGAUACCCAUAAGGAAAAAGAGAAGGGCAACAAAAAGCUCAAGAAUAAGGAACCUAUUUAUAAAGUAAAUAAUUCAAAGCAAAUUAAAAAUGACUAUAACUGUCACAAGACUUAG